GGCAGAUGGGUGUAAGAUUAAGACCGAACUCUCCCUCUUCAUUUUUUUCAUUUCUUUGCGCCAAAUUUCGUCCGAUAAUACUAAAACCCCUCUUCCUCUGCAAGUUCCCUCUGUUUCCUUCAUUUUUCAUCUUCUCCAGCUGAUUCCUCCUCCCCAAACUCCCCCUCUACGGCUUCCAUUUCUCCGUUUCAAUAUACCCAAUACCUAAUUUUGCAUUUCCCACUAAUUCAAGCCCUUCCAUUUCUUCAUUCUCUGCAUUUCCUCCACGCUCUCGCUUUUGUAGCGUCUUCUCCUUUGAUUUCUUGCGCUUCCAGCUUCCCUCGGUCCAAUUGGGGUUUCUUCGCCCGACUUUGGGCACCAGAAGGUCAAUUAAGUCGAUUGGAGUUUCGGGAUCUCAGCGCCUCUAGGGAUUUCUACUGUUCAUUUUGUUAUUGGGUUAGUCGGUGUGGUUGCUGCUGCGGUACUGGAAUGAAUAGUGUGUUCAGUGAGCAAAUACUUGGGGAUAAGCUGUCGAAGCUCAAUAGCACGCAGCAGUGUAUCGAAACUCUAUCGCAUUGGUGUAUAUUUCAUAGAGGCAAAGCUGAACUGGUUGUUGCAACAUGGGAUAAACAGUUCCACAAUUCCGAGAUGGUCCAGAAAGUUCCCCUUUUAUAUCUUGCUAAUGACAUAUUACAGAACAGCAAGCGUAAGGGAAAUGAAUUUGUUACCGAGUUCUGGAAGGUUCUUCCUGCUGCGCUUAAAGAUGUCCUUGAGAAUGGUGACAGCCAUGGAAAGAAUGUAAUUUCCAGAUUGGUAGAUAUAUGGGAACAAAGGAAGGUAUUUGGAUCCCGCACUCGAAGUCUUAAAGAUGUAAUACUUGGGGAAGAGGCACCUCCACCUCUAGAGUUUAGUAAAAAACGUACUCGAUCAGUCAGAAUUGUCAAAAGGGAUUCGCGGUCAAUUAGAACGAAAUUGUCUAUUGGAAGUGCAGCUGAAAAAAUUGUAUCAGCAUUCCACUUGGUGCUAAGUGAAUAUUCUAAUGAAGAAACGGAGAUGACCAAAUGUACUUCUGCGGUUCAACGUGUAAGGAAGAUGGAAAAUGACGUUGAUUUCGCCUGUUCCAUGGCAAAGAAUCCCCAGCGUAAAAAGUUGGCCAAAGAACUGGAAGAGGAAGAAAGUAUUCUGAAGCAGUGUAUUGAGAAACUACAAUCGGUUGAAGCCAGUCGGAUGGCACUUAUGUCUCAGUUAAAAGAAGCUCUGCAUGUUCAGGAAUCAGAGCUGGAGAACAUUCGAACUCAGAUGCAGGUAGCUCAGGCGCAGGCAGAGGAGGCGAAGAAUAUGCAAAACCGACUAAAUGAUGAAGGAUAUCUAUCAAAAUCUUCCACUAUGACCAUUGAUUCAAAUGCUAAAGCAGGACAGAAGAAGUCUGCUGCAGCCAUAGCAGCAGAGGUUGCUGACAAGCUCGCAGCUUCUAGCUCCUCCCAGAUGAUCAUGACAUCGGUUCUCUCGACAUUUGCGGCUGAGGAGGCAAAGAAUACUGGUCUAACAAAGACCAAUAAUGGAUUGAAUACUGCAUUCACACCAAAGCCUACGAGUACCUCUGCCAAUUCUAAUACAAAACCCAAAACGUCUGUGGGUUCGGACCCUAAUGUUUUCAUGUCUAUGCAGCCACUUCCGGCUCCCGCUAAUCAUUCGUAUCAAUCGGUAAUUGUACCCCAACCCACAAUGCAGAGCCACGCCCCCAACUCACAAACUCAAUAUCAGAUGCUUCCCAAUGCACCUUCCCAGCAAUAUUUGCAGCUCUCAAAUGGAGUCUUAAACCCAUAUGGUUAUGGUAGUCUUCCGAGCUCAACUCCGGCACCGCCACCACCUAUGCCCCAUAUGGUUAGUCCGGUGGUGCCCUUGACUCAGCAGAUGCUGCAGCAGCCAAUACCCUUAGCUCAACAGCCGUCACCUAUGAUACACACGCUACCGGUUCCGUUUACGCAGCAACCUUUAGCACCUAGUUUCCGACCGCUGCAGCCACCUGGGAUGGUGUACUAUGGACAUCCUCCCCCUUCGCAGUGAAAAAUUUUGUGCUAAAGGGCAAGUUUUACACAAUACCACUCGCGUCGUGCGUAGAUCUCCAAAUGUACGAGCCUGUGAACGAAGCAAGAAUUUGAUCAUUUCAAACCGUGGCGGUAAGGACCUGUGAUUCUUAAGUGCAUAUUUUGAGAUAAUUGCAUUAAGAUAACUCUGUCUCUCUCCCUAUACCCACUUUCUGGGUGAAUAUAUAAAAAGUGUGGAAAUGAUGUAACUGGUAUAGGGCUACACUUUUGGUAGAUCACUCAGCUCUAUGAUUUCUUAAAUAGGUUCCAUAUGGUUCAGUUCACUUUUAUGUGUUAAAAGUGAUGACGACCAUAGUACCGAUAAAAAAGAGCAGAUGACGAGGCAGCCCUCUUGAACGUCUGUGUUCUUCAUUGGUGAAGCUGUGAAGUGCUAGCAAUUGGUGAAUACUGUGCAUAAUGUGGAGACAUUACACAAGUUUGUGGCAGCCAUCAUGAAAGUUAUAUUAAGAGAGUUUCUUUAGCAAUCAAUAGGGUCUCUCCCUGAGACAAGAUAUGAAAACUCAGACUUUGAGAGCAAAGAGAAGCUCUGAGAAAAUAGGCCAAGCAGACUGCAAACUAAGGAAAAAUGAAUGAGCUUAAAAAGUAGUUUAAUUAAUUACAAUCAAUAGAUAGAAAUUUUUGCGGAAAAAAGUUCAUUUUGGAGGGUUGAAGGAGGUUGAUGAAAGUUAUUUUACAUAUUGUGGUCAGUUAUUAUGAAAAAUGAAUUUAUAGCCACUAAUAAUUAUUAUUGUUAGUACGAUGGCAUCGAAUUUAAUGUUAAACUUUAGGAAUUGUAUUUUCA